UGGUCCCUUACUGCCGAGGUACGGGAGCCCGUAGAAAGGAGCCACUGAAUUUGGGCCAGAAACAAAUUUACUUCUGUUCCGUUGCGUUUGAUCGAAGCAUGCGCUCUCAUGCUUGCUUGCAGACAUUUUAUCAGAGAGGAGUCCCACACUGAUGCUAGGACAAGUGGUGUGUGACAUGUGGUGAGAAAAGCGGCCGGUUUAUGUCUGUAGUCAGUGUUGGGACAGAGUUUGGAAUGGGUUUUUUUUAAUAGGAGUACGCAACAUCAGCUAACUUGACUGUUCGAUCUAGCAGAACGACAGACGCGGCCAUGAUGUAUGGGUGUGUGAUCUAGCUGAAAGACAGACUCGGCCGUGAUGCAUUGAUAAAAACCUAGUUAGCAUGAUGCCCAUCAGAUUGACAGUGGGGCUCAAGGAGGCUUUUAUUUUUCCCGUCUGCUCCUCCGUCUGCCUGGUGUGCAUUGUGAUGCUCUCAGAGAUCAUGUAAGAAACGUUCUUUAUUUCUUUUAGCUGUUAAGUUCCUCAUGCAAAAGAAGCAACGACAAAAUCCAGGGCCAAGAGAUUAUGUUUAUCCUUUUCUCUCAUGUUUGGGAUAUUAGUUAAAAGGGAUCCAAAGGGAUCCAAAAAGUCUUUUAAAAAAACAGCCCUAGCAAUUUUUCUGCUCAGUGCAAAAAUAUUUAGAUUACUUAGGUGAAGAAAAAAAAAUCAUUUAAAAAAAAGUGUUUAAUUUGUUUAUUUAUGUUUUGGUUUCUGUGUGCCGGUUCUAGGAUGGUGGCCAAUAUAGACUAUAACUAUAGACUAUCACUAUAACAAAGCCUUAGUGUAAUGAGAAUAUACAAUCCUACUUGAGCUUCCGGGAAAUAAAAGUUAUUCUCUCAUAAGAUAGAUGUUUAGUACUUAUUUUUCAUGUUCUUUUGUUUGUCUCAGGAAUAAAUACGAUCACGACAGCAGGAAUCAGGCUGUACAGAGACUGGGAUUUGAUGAUAGGACAAAAAACGAGAGCCACCUGGUAACAAUAUCUACACACAUUGAGUGAUUAACGCUGCAUUUCUAAAAAAUUAAAAUUUAAUAGUUUUAUUAAAACGUUUCUAAACAUUUUAAUUUGGAAUUAUUUUUGAAAUGUUUGUUAUUACCCAGAAUGACGUCAUCAGAAAUUUACCACCUGACUUCACAGCGGCUCAAUUCCUGGACUAUCGCCACCAAUUUGCAACGUCCCAUAAUUUAACGAUAACAAAUUUCAUCUCUAACCCCAAAUGUUUACAAAUCGCCAAGGACCCUAACUCUUUCUGGAAGAGUGAGUUGAAGGGUAACUCGAGUUUCACGGCUGACGACGAUCACGCCAGGAUGAAUUUAGCGGUCGAGUAAGUCACGUCUUGGUAUGAAGUUAUGACUAGAAAAACCAGAAGCGUUAGCUACCACCUGUAUAGUGGCGUAGCUUGAGUCAUCUGCACCCGGGGACAUGACACAAAGUCUGCGCCCCUUCUCAAACCGACAGAGUCUGGGGGCUCAGCCUGAGCCCCCAAGAAAAUGUUGAACUUUUACGGUUUAUAGGGUUCAUUUUCGAGGCAUCUGGUAUUUUAAUCAAAUAUAAUACAGACUAAUAAUUCCCUACACAAUUUAUUUGAAAAAAAAUAUAUACUCUACUAAUUAUACAUUACUGGAAGAGAGAUAGUCUACAACAAAUUGAUCCUCCUUGAUUUGAUUGUCGCAAACUCGUCAAACACGUUGUCAAAAUUAAUAUUCUCAAGUGUUUCUCUUUCGAUGCUAAGAAGUGCAAGAUCACUCAGAUGAUCUUGUCCCAUUGAAGCACGUAAAUAAGACAAAACAAGCUUCAGUUUGCUGAAGCACUGGACACAGCUUGCAAUUGAAACAGCAAUUGUUAGAAAUAUUUGCAGUGAAAUGCGCAGAUUCGGAAAUACGUCAUCUCCAUAUGAAACAAUAAAACCAAGAAGAUCCUAAGGAGUUUCCGGUAGAACUUCAGUCCGGGUACUGAGCAGCAUUUUUCAGUCUCCGAUUUCUGUGCACAGCCCGAGACCAUUGACGUCAGUGUCGUAGAAAUUUCCAAUAUCUAAGCAAUUUUGACUAAGUGUAUCGAGAUUUGUCUCAACGAGAAGAUUUUUGACGUCUAGUAAAAAUCCAAAUUUGGUGUUUAGCUUUUUUAGACGUAGAAACCGUAUUGAUAUCUCCUGUUGGAGUCUAUCAAUUACGCUGUUCAUAACAGAUGCAAUUUCUUCUUCUGCAGAAAGUCCUGCAUCUCUUGCUAAUUCUCUAGGCUUCCCCCGGUUUCGUCUAAUGCUUCUGUCAACCCCGAUUCCCCAAGUUGUGCAUCUUGUUUUUCCAUCGUCUACCGCAACCUGGCUCAAAUAAUCACGGAUGUUGACAAGUUCUUGCUCCAGCGAUUCAAGAUCAGAUGCUGCUUCCUUGAAAUUCAUAGUAGGAUCCUGCAACCAUUUCUGGAUACGCUAAAUUUUCCCAAGUAUGAUGUUCCAGAAAUGUAACAAAACUAGGAAGUUAAAGUUUAAUAUACCUGCCAGCAGAGUUUCUGUAUCACUUCUGGUUUCAGGCGUCAUAGUUGCAUCUUCCGAUAAUUUUUCCAACAGCCCUACUAGUUCAUCUAGUUCUUCAUAAAUAGCCUUAACAGCUUGUGAUCGUGCACUCCAGCGUGUUUCAGACUCCCUCUUCACUGUGAUUGGCACACAUCUUUUUAAUUCUUCCCAACGAGUUGUUGAACGAGAGAAAAAGAAAUAUAUACUUUCAACUGUUCCAAAAAAUGUGAUAACAACUGGAUCCUGUUUAGCCGAGUGUACUUCAGCUAAGUUUAAGCUGUGCUUGUCACAGUUGACGAACAAUGCUCUGUGAUUUCUGGCACAUAUUCGCUGUUGAAGGCCGGAUAUAUGCCCGGUCAUUACAGCAGCAUUGUCAUAACAUUGUGACCGACAGUCGGCUAGAGGCAUGUUAUCAGAUUCCAGUUUCUCUACGAUAACUCUUUCAAGGCUUGCUGCGUCUUUGGAAUGUAUCUGAACAAAACCUAAAAAUGAUUCUUUGAUGGUUACUUUUUUAGUUUGAAAAUCCACAUCCACAAAUCUGAUGACUGAGAAAGCUGUUCCCGGUGUCCUAGAUCGGGUGUUGAGUCAAGUAAGAUACCGUAGUACUUGUUUUUUUCUGAUUUCACUCAACAGCUGAUUCCUUACAGUAAAUACAAGUAGGUGGAUACAUUCAUUUUUGAUUUCCGGUAAUAAAUAAGAUACUGAACCUGGAUUUUCUCGGGCAUAUUGUAGGUGUUUUUCUAACAGUGGAUCAUACUGAGCAACGAGUUUGAUCACAGAGAGAAAGUUUCCAAACAUUUUUAUCUUCGUCCUUAUGCAGAUGCUCCUCAUGGCCCCGCAGUGCCAAGCCAAAUUUUAUAAAACUAGAAACUUAAUACAGAUAAGUAUUCUUUUUAAAAUAUCGCGCCAACGUUGUUUUUUCAAUUGAAUUUGAGCUUUGACCUGGACAUCAAUUCCAGUUUAAGCAAUUAUCCUCCGCUCGGCUUCCUUCCAUGUAGUAGAAGCUCUGCGGUGGCCGAGACUGUUUUCCAUGAGACUUUAGCUUUUCUGGCUUUCUCCAUUUGUUGAAACCAUUGGUUAACUCAAAUGAAGAUCGUGAGUUUGAACUUGAUGAUGUAAACACUAGACAUCAGAAACAGAAAGCAGCUUUAUUAAUUGUUGAAUAUCAUAGCCACGAGCGAUUUACUUCCUCUCCAUUUGCUAGUCGGCGUUUACACCAUGACGUAGUAAUUAAUCGAACGUUCACCUGCUGCUGACGAUAGACUGCCUCUGUGCUGAAAGUGUAUAGAUCCGAGAGUUAUCAAUUCAUCACGAAGAGGCUGUGGUAUUAUCGAUAAAUUUGUCCUUUGAUCAAAUUCUAAGUAGCCAACUCCAUGAAAUCUUAGGACAGCAGGAACAAGAACAACACCAUCUUUAGCUUCUUCAUCAAAAGAAAAUUCUUCAAUCUCAUUGUCCUCGUCACUGUCAGAAAGUUCCUCGUCUUUUUGAAUCUGUUCAACAACGACAUCUCUGGUGUUUUCCUCAGCAUAAACAGUAGCAUCUCUCUGAAUCACAUCUUCUUGUAUGUUGUAAUCCUUGCGGUAUUGUUCAACCUUCUGGCUGUCGUGUUCUAAGACUGGCUUUGCAGGCGGUUGAUAACUGCCGUCAAGUGAGAGAAGGCUACAGAUUAUAUUCAACGAGACGAAUACUUGUUAUCUAUGUUUUUCUUUUCAACUUAUGUGAACUAUUAUUCUAUCUUCCUUGAACUCACGUAAAAUCCAAUAUUCGACUCGAAAUUAUCCAACCUUUUUAAUUGUUAAAACCAGAUGCCACUUUCAGUAUAUGAAAAAUAAUAUUUGAACCCGAACUGAUCUUUUUGGUUUAUGAGUAGAAUGGUGCCCCUUAAUGCUCAAUGGGGGCGCAUAAAUCAUGCUUGCCAACUGGUUUGUAAUGAAGAUAUUUGUGGAGCUCCAAAAUUCAAUCUUGCAAACGUAUUUGGGAUACAUUAGUUUACAUCAAAAUAAAAUUAAAUAAUUAGUUUUAAUACUCAUUUUGGCGCCCCCUAACGUGGCGACAUAUGUCCCCCCUGCCCCCUAGCUACGCCACUGCACCUGUAGAGUGGCAGGAGCGACGGCUUAUCGGGAUCGGGGUGGGGGUGUACCUUUAUUUUUUUUUUUUAAAUUGAGAAACUUAAAUAGCAACAUCACAGGCUGCUUUGCUUACCUCAUAUUGUUUGAGCUCUUGUAUUGACGUUUGAAAUGUUACAAGGAAGGGGGUUGGAACGGUAUAUAUUUUACACGUCAGAAGGUGGGUAGAAUGCCAUCAGCUUAAAUAAGAACGAGAAGUGUCAAUGUUGUUUAGUGCCAUAGGCUUGUAUAGAGACACGGUUCGUCGCUUCAUUCGUCUUGGAUAUUGUGGAUGAAACGCCCGACAUCAUUAAUGGUUAAUGAGUAUGACUCUAAAGAAUGGUGUGUGGGGGGGGGAAUGGGCAGAGACUUUUUAUAUUGGGGUUGGUGGUUGUGUUUUAUGAAAGGUUCGUCUCCAGUUUGGGUUGGGGGGGGGCGGGGGGGGUGUUGUCACGUUGUCAAGUAUAUAUGUUUGGUGUUUGCCACUGCCAGAUAUAGAGAGGAAAAUGACAUCUACAUUCCACCACUUGCCUGAGGGGGAAGGAGUGAGAGAGGGAGGUAGAGAGAAAGAGAGAGAGAGAAAAAGUGAGAGAGAGAGAGAGAAAGAGAGAGAGCGAGAAAGAGUGUGAGAGAGAGAGAGAAAGAGUGAGAGAGAGCGAGAAAGAGUGAGAGAGAGAGAGAAAGAGUGAGAGAGGGAGCGAGAAAGAGUGAGAGAGAGCAAGAAAGAGUGAGAGAGAGAGCGAGAAAGAGUGAGAGAGAGAGAGAGAGAGAGAAAGAGUGAGAGAGGGAGCGAGAAAGAGUGAGAUAGAGAAAGAGAGAGUAAAUAGGAGAGUUGAUAGUCUCAUGGUCUAUUCUGCAAAGAGCAUUAAACAAAAUGUUUUAUUAAAAAAGAGAGAGAAAGAGAGAGAGAGAGAGAGAGAGAGAGAGAGAGAGAGAGAGAGAGAGAGAGAGAGAGAGAGAGAGAGAGAGAGAGAGAGAGAGAGAGAGAGAGAGAGAGAGAGAGAGAGAGAGAAAGAGUGAGAGAGGGAGCGAGAAAGAGUGAGAUAGAGAAAGAGAGAGUAAAUAGGAGAGUUAAUAGUCUCAUGGUCUAUUCUGCAAAGAGCAUUAAAAAAAAUGUUUUAUUAAAAAAUGUUGCUCAUGGCGUCUCAAAUUGUUUCAGCUGUGGUGCCAUGUGGAUACCCGAAUUCCUGAAGACGCCCCCAAAGGCGGAGCUGUACGACUUUGAGCGGGAGUACUUGUCAGAUCCGCCCCUGACGGAUGCGAAGCGAGCGUCCAGUAACAUCUUCUCUAAGGUCACUCUGGUCAAUACGAGGUGAGGGCGUGUCUCUUGGGUUCCGUUGGUUGGGGCUGAAACAAAUACUUUAGCAUUCUCUCUUGGUGGCACAAUGGACAGCGAGAGGUAGACAUGAAAACGAAUACUUUAGCAUUCUGUCUUGGUGGCACAAUGGACAGCGAGAGGUAGACAUGAAAACAAAUAACACAAUCUGCGAACAAGAUGUGUGUUUUAAAAUAAGUUCAUGAUUAUGUUUGUUAAAUUGUACGUACAACGUGGUGAGACCAGCCCUAUGCUGGGGUACCUCGCUAUUGUUUAAAAAAACACCAAUAAUAAUAAUAAUAAUAUGUAAGUAUCAAGUUCAUAAAAGUUGGAAUUUUAUUCCAUUGACAUUAGGAAAUACUUGUUAUUGAACGGAUAGAGUAAUUUGUAACAAGUUCCAUGAUAGUUCUUUGAAAACCUAAAAAAGAAAAAAAAAUAACAAAACACUCUUAAGGAGCUAUAGCAUCAUGGUCAGGGAUAUAUAGAUAUAUAUAUAUAUAUAUAUAUAUAUAUAUAUGAGCUAUGUUAGUUUUUUUAUUUUAUUCAAUUGACAUUAGGAAAUACUUGUUAUUGAACGGAUAGAGUAAUUUGUAACAAGUUCCAUGAUAGUUCUUUAAAAACCUAAAAAAAAAAAAAAAAUAACAAAACACUCUUAAGGAGCUAUAGCAUCAUGGUCAGGGAUAUAUAGAUAUAUAUAUAUAUAUAUAUAUAUAUAUAUAUGAGCUACGUUAGUAUUUUUGUAAAACAGAGUACCUUGGCCGUGGUUGCCGCCUACUUUUACUUUUACCAAUUUGGGUGGGCUCAAAACUCAUGUUUGUUGUUCAUAAGCUCGACUCCAGUAAGUUGAGUAGGGUUAACAAAAACAGACCCAACAAUAUAAUUUUUAAAAUAAAAUUAUACUUUGUCGCUGAAUAACACUUUUCCUCUCUGGUCACGGUGACGUCAUCCGAUCCAUGUUUACUCAGCCAAACCAUGACAACCACCACUGAUGUGAAAGCGGAAAUGAUAUGCACCAACCCAUUAUGCUCUUUUCUAUCCGAAAAUUAAAAAAAAAAGUUUUUCCUCCAAGAAUGUACUCAAUUCAACUCUUUUAAUGUUAACAAUGAUAAUUAGAGUCAUAUUUUUAUGACUUCGUGAAGUUGUUUGUCCUGACCAUGUCUGUUCUCUGGCUUGCAGCUCGACUUUUGUUGUCGGCGACACAGUGGCCCUGAGAGUGGACAUGAGCGACGGGUACGGUCAGCCUAAGGUCAAGGGUGGGGACGAGGUCAGAGCUUGGCUCAAAGACCGCAGCAGCUCCGUGGCUUGUCACGUGACAGAUCACAAGAACGGCACCUACCUGGUCACCUGCCUCCUACCUUGGGAGGGUCAGCUCAGGUUGGUAUUCUUUUAAAAAAUAAAAUAAUCCAAGAAAUGGUCCAUCAUUUCUUCCUAAUGUCCAUGAUCAUUAGGAGAUUUUUCCCACUGUUUAGCAGUUAAACAGCCAAAUCCGGUAAAGCUUCACUACAUUCCGCCUUUGUGAUUGUAUCCGCUUUUGUGAUAGUAUCCGUCUUUGUGAUAGUAUCCACCUUUGUGAUAGUAUCCAUCUUUGUGAUAUUAUCUACUUUUUUAGGAUGCAUUGUUCCUUUGUGAUAUUAUUCUACACGUUCGUGGUUUUAUUCUGCCCUUAAACUGAAAUUUAACUCAAGCCCUACGCCCUUUUUAAAAAAAAAAAAAAAACAACACUCAGGUGUGAGCAGGGCGUUUACGAAACACUACCUGGCUGUGCAUUAUUUAAUUCUUUUGAUACGUUAUUCUAAAGAACGCUUGGAAAGCUUGGUAAACCAAUCACGUCUCAACCAUCUUUUACCCGUGUUAGUGGAAGACGAGUCACUGUAUAACAAAUUCAAAACAUAGUUGUAGGCCUAUAAUAUAAUUUACUAGCCAAUAUAUCCGGCGUAGCCCGGGAGUGCAUUCGAAAAAUAACAACUUCAUCAUCAUUUUCAGUUAAAAUAGAAAUAAAUCUCCCUUUAUUUAUUUAUUUAUCUAUUUAUUUGAUAUUACAUUUGUCACAGAUCUAAUACUCAGAUAUCAAUUUUGUUUCGUAAAAUAAUGUAUUGUUUUGUAAAAAAGAAAUAACAGGAAGUUAGGAAUUAUGGGAUAUGAGUUUUAACGAUCAGUGUUGCUCUGAAGGGAUUCAUAUAUUUUGGCGCUGGCCAUGUUCAUUCUAGUUAUUGAUCAAUAUCUUAAUAUUGAUUUGUGAAGGGUACCGAAGAAGUUAUAAAAAUGAUACCUAUCUUUAUUGUGAUCUUCAGUGAUAUUAUUUCAUGUGAUGUGCCGUAUUCAAGUAAUAAAUAUAUUAGUAAUAAAUAUAUUAAAGGGCAUAGAACUUUCGGAAAAAAAGGGGUUGUCCCCCAUAGCAUGUAAAGACUGAAUCCAGAAAAUUGUGCGGAAGAACCACAACUUGGUCAACGGACAAAAGGCGGAGACAGCACAGUGGUGUGAAUCGCUGAGAACAUGACCAGACACGUAGAACGCCAUGGUCAUUCACUGCAUGGGUGACUGGGUGGCCGAAUGGUCUAAACUGAGCAAACCUCAAUUUCAGCCAAAGGCCGGUCAAGCAAAAACAUCACCCCGGGUGGAUGAGACUCGUUAACCUUGGUCGGCAACUCAUCUAAGAGAAGGAAACUCUGAAUUCAAACCCGGAGUUGGAGUCCCGUAAGGCGCAAACAAUGUCCAUUCCUGCAACCGUACCCAUCCCUGGUCGUCUUGACGUAGAGUCUUGCCACUGGAUAGGGUGGGCUCGGACGAGAGAGUGAGGUUGACGCUGCGCAACUCUUCCUCACUUUAAACAAAAGUCACCCGUGCAAGUCAUCAGUCACCAGACGACUCGAUGGUCAUCGUCGAUCCUCGACGGACGAACAACAACAAUAAAUAUACAGUGAUACAAAAGUGAGAAGUCGUGUUUUACUACUAACUCUUAAUGGACGACUGUGGGGAUUGAGGAUAAGUAAUUCACAUCAAUUAUUGCCAGUAACGUCAUACUAAUCCACACAAAUAUAUAUCUAUAUGGCAUCCUUCCGUCUUCUUGAGACGAUGGAGUAGCUAUGUAGUUCUACACUUUGACGAGUGGCGCACUAGGCCAAUCCUAGAAUGGCAAUCACGGCCGCAUCUCUCGCAGGAGAAUAUUGAAUCCCGGGAAAUUCUUGUUUUCCGAAUUGUUCUUUUUGAUUCAAGGGCCUUGUUUCGAGUAUCUUCUGCCUUUUUCACUCCUUCAAACACUGCUGUUCGCCAGUUGGAGCGAUGUUCGGCAAUAAACUCCCAUUCGUUAGUUUCAAUAUUGGCUUCCCUCAUGCUUUGUUUGCAAACGUCAAUAAAUUCAGGUGCGGUCGUCCAAUAUGUCUUGUCCCCUCUGCCAACUCUCUAUACAGCAGUAUCUUUGGGAUACGUCCUUCCUCCAUUCUCCGUACAUGACCUAACCAGCGAAGGCGCCUCUUGAUUAGAAAGGAGAAUAUGCUAAACAUGAGUGCACGUUCCAAAACCUCCACGUUAGGCACCCUGUCCUGCCAACGAAAGCGCAAAAUGCGACGCAGACAUCUUUGAUGGAAGCUGUUGAUCGCACAAUAUUAGAUCGCACUCGGCUGCUAUGGAAUACGUUUUUUACAUUUUUCCUCUUUCCAUUUCAAAAGCACCACCCUGACUCCCUUAGCUCAAAUUUAAAAUACUUCUUUUUUAUUUUCUCACUUCCUUGGCUGGGUUUUUUUUUUUUAUUUGCACAUUUAAAUAUGUCAGCAAGAUCAAGAUAUGUGAGUUUUGUCCAAAAAAAAUGUUAAAACUAAAAAUUGGAUGAAGAAAUUCAUUUUGCUUAUUUUAUGUUUAAAAUGUAAAUAUUAUUUCUCUGAAUACACGAAUUAUACGACCAGCGCAUGACCUCAUCAAAAGCCAGAGAAUUUCUGUGGGUGGAAUCAACCUCUAAGAUUUGUAAUCGCUUUUCUUGACAAAUAAUAUCAAGACAACCCUGAUUCAAGCGUUCUGCUUUUAAUAUAAUCCACCAUUUUCACCACAUUGUCUUGAACUUUUCUUCUUUCCCUUUUAGCGUCCAAAAACUGCUGAAUCUAAGUUGCGCUCAUUUCCGCGCGACACACCGACACCCUGCAGGUGACACAACACUGUGUCGUCACACGCAAGUUUUGGCAUGCACUGAUGUAAUGUGAUCAUGCGUACUGCAUUUACCAGUACGGCGUUUGCAAUGUUUCAGACAAAUUAUUUAAAUACAUGUAUUAUUUCGUUUUGUUUUCUGUAACAGAGUUUUUGUCGAACUGACAUAUCCAAGAGAGUUCUUCACAGUUCUGUUUACAAGUCAUCUUGUGUUGAAGACUUUAGCCCCUAUCGUGGCUGGAUUCGAGAACAGUUUAGUAAGUUUGAAGUUUCCAUUUUAAAUAUUAAAUUAGCACUAAUUCAAAAAUUAAAUUUAUUUAAUAAUACUUAGCGUAGUUUACAAAAUAAUUAUAAGUAAGCAUUUCAAAAGAUCAGAUCCUUCACAACCGUACACAAAUUAAAAUGAUGAUAAAUUUGUUACAGUAGAGUUGAUGUUUUUUUUUUAGUAGAACGCAAACUCAGUUCACAAAUUUCGAUAUACGAAGAUUUUGUAUUCUUCUCGUUGCUUUUUAUUUCUUGGUUUCUAUUAAGUCUUUGGAUUAUUUUGUUUUAUAAAAUAAUAUAUUUCCUUCUUGUUUCGGAGUUUCCCAGUGUUAAUGAGCAGACAGUAUUUUGAUUGUGAUAUGUGGGCGGAUAAGAUAAAUAGCUACAAUCCAAAGGACAGGAACAAUGUACAUAUUUCUGGAUUUAGACUAAUUUGCUCAUGAUAAUUAUUUUCUAAACUUAGUAAAUUCAAAAACCAUUUCGCCGUAUUAUAGUUAAACAUAAAUUUUGAUAAAUUCUAAAGUAAUAAAAGAUAAACACCUAUAUUAUUUGUGAUGCAAUUUGCAUUGAACAUUGUGCCACACAGGCCAGUGAAGCGACGCUAUGUUUUAACGCGCCAGUGCUGCCUGGCUAUGGACCCAGUGAAAUUUGCAAUGUGACGUCAGUGAACGGAUCUCCCUGGUACUGCGGACGUCCGGUCAAGCCUAAGUUGAGCUGUGGAGAUUACAACCGGACCCGUCUUAUUUCUAGCGAGCUGGACGCGCCUCUGCUCAGUUCUGAGAUUCAGGUGCUGCACAGAAAAAUGUAAGUGUCAACCACUAAUAGACUGCAAUUUUCUAUUUCUGUCCAUAUUGGGACACGACGCGCCAACAUUUCUGGUCAGACGACUUUGCGGAUUGCACAAAGCUCUGCGAGCCAUCGACUAACUGUAAAGGACGUCUCACUUAAUGUCCGGCCACCCGUAUCAACGUACAAAACCGCUUCAAAACUAUCAACUCAAUAUUCUGAAAAAUUAGAUUAAGUGACAGUAUUAACUGACUGGGAAAGCCGUGAGAAAAUUAAGUUCUUUACAGCUCGUCUCUUUUCAUACAAAUCACGGUUAAAUUUUGUAUGAAACCUUACGUCUUUUUGCCUUGAACUUUUAGACCACAGUCUGAAUAACAUUAGUUGUCGAAUGGUAAAGCCCAUACGAUCUCCAACAGGGGACAAGAUAGUGGCAUAACAAAAAAAAUAUCUCAAAGAAUUUUUUUUUUCGCUUAUGUAGCCAAAGCAUGUUUAACCAUUGAAAAGAUAUUUAGAAAUUUAGCUAGAAUUAUUGCCAACAGGGUUGGCCUACGAAAAAACAAAAUCAUCGCAAAUGCUGGAAUAUGCCUCCCCUUAAUAAAAGGGGAAAAAAUGUAACUCGGAACAGACUACCUGAUUCUUUCUCCGCCCCCCCCGCCCCAUUUUCACGAGACAAGGAGCCGACGAGAGAAAUAAAGAAUAAUGAUUUCAUCAUGAGAGACAAUGUUAUUUGAAGAUGCCAGAUUAUCUACGUUUAAUGUUGAUACAGCUUUCUUGCGGAUCAUGUCAGCACUGUGUAAAUAUCUAAGACAUUUUGAAGAGGCGAUCUAAUAUUAAUGCAGUAUGGAAUAAUCGGCGUUUAACAAUAGUCUUUAGUUAUAAUAUAUUGAUACUAACUACAUUUAAAUCAUGCCAUAUUUUUCUUUAUAUCCUGCCGGAAUACAUUAACUUUUAUAUAACGUCAUAAUUCUAUUUAUAUCGUGCUGUUUCAUUCACCAUCAUCCCAGAAUAGGUUUCAUCGGCACUGAUCAAAAGCUACUGGUUCGCGUGUUACCAAGUAAGUGAUUGCAUUACCAAGUAAAAUAUUGUAUUACCAAUUAAGUGAUUGUAUUAACAAGUAAGUGAUUGUAUUACCAAGUAAGUUAUUUUAUUACCAACUAAGUGAUUGUAUUGCCAAGAAAGUGAUUGUGUUACCAAGUAAGUAAUUGUGUUAACAAGUAAGCGAUUGUGUUAUUAAGUAAGUGAUUGUGUUACCAAGUAAUUGAUUGUAUUACCAAGUAAGUGAUUGUGCAUCUCUUCAUUUCUUAUAUUAAAGCAGACCUUGCUUUGCGUCAAAGUAAAACUACAUUACUUCUCGUCUGUACAGUUGUAAGUCGCUAACGCAAAUAAUGGUAAAUAAAUUAAUUUUAGAAAAUAAAAUAUACAAUGUCAUUGGAUGUGUUAACAGAGAAAGUCAUCCGGGUGUGUUAAUGAAGACCAAUUACAAAAAUUACAAUUCCAAAAUGGUAAAAUACUUUUGAGCUGAAUAUAACAUUAAUUAAAAUCCAUAAUUCUUUUUUUUAAAAUAUUGCAAUACAUAUUAUCAGAAAGGUACGAUCUAUUAAACUCUUAUUUUGUUUGAUAGUUUCCUAAAACGUCUAUAAAAUGUAUGGUCUCGAACACGUCAUGCUUUAGACGCCACAAAACAGGAGAAGCUUAUGGUGUAGUCUAUUGUCGUUGACAGGAACAGGACUGAUAGGUUCGGUAAAACCCGACACAAGGAUGAUACCCUCAGUUCCCUGUAGCACGGUUCCCCCACGUAUGACGUGGGAGCAACGAGAACCAACUGGGUACUUCUUCCGGGGCGCCUGGCAGUCGCUGAUGUGUCAGGUUAAAGAAGAUUAUGACGCUGGCUGCAGGAAAAAUGUCCAGGUCAGGUUUCUAAAAAGGGUGAAACAGGCGGGAGUCGGAACCACAUAGUGAGAUGAAAUUUUAGAACAAUUGGAAACAUUUGAAAUUAGGUUGCAUUUUGCAUUUUACACAUUAAUUUAAAGCGAUAAAACUUUAAACCUAAUAUUUGUUUACAUCUGAAUAUAAAAGUGUUGUUUAGUUUAUAAAAAAUAUGAAUUUUAAGACGCAAUUAAAAAUUGAAAAUAUUUAUUUUAGCUUUUUUCUCUGCUGCAAAUUUUGAGGAUAUUCCUAGAGCCAGUGAACAUUUUACAAACAAGAUCUACUAUCAUUACCUUAAGUUGGCAAUGUGUAAAAGACUUAUUUUAAAUUGUCCGGGUUUUUUUCUGUUUUUUUUUCUUCAUGUCAGAUUCUAAUGCUAGGAGACUCCAAUCUACGGGGACAUUAUUACACGGAGGUCAGCCGGAUGAAAUGCGAUCAGAUUCUCAAGGCCAGCACUGAAAAAUGGCACAAGCCCCUCCUGUGUGUCAACCAAUCAGACAACUUUACAAUGAAGUGGUUCCCUCACUCCAACCCGUUCAGGUCAUCCAGAGUAAGUUAUUUGUAUUUCAUUACGCAUGAAUUGACCUGUUUCCUCUUGGGGAAAUCCAGCUCAAGACAACUACUCUAAUUAAGUGACAUCCAGCAUUCAUUAUCCAUUUCUUUUAAGACAGCUAGUGUAAUUUAGAUUUCAGCGUCAGACAUUGAUACAUUAUGCGCGAGCCCAGCCUUUCUAUGCCCGUACUUUAAGAUCGUUUAAGAUUAAUGCUGUAUUUAUAAGUAAUUAAAACCUGGUUAAAGAGUCUGGUGUACGUCAGUUUUGUUAAAAUAAAAUAUACACAAGAUACACUUCUGCGUUGAGACGUAAAUGCUUGUCGUUGUAUAAAUAAAUCCAUUACUUCCCCUGACUUUCAAGCACUCAAAAUUAAAUAAAUGCCUAAUCCAAGACCCUAAAAGAUACUUUAACUACCUUCGGCCAUUCCUAAACGACCUUCGGCCAUUCUUAAACGACCUUCGGCCAUUCUUUAUCGACCUUCGGUGAUGCUUUAACGACUUUAGGCCAUUCUUUAACUUAAAGAAUAGUUCCUGGUAAAUGGGAUGCUGAUCGUCAGCCUCAAUUUCAACAUGCAAUAUGGGAAGGACUGGGUCCGGUGUAAGACAAUGAAAAAAUUGAUGAUUUUUUUAAAAAAAAAGAUCCGCUGUUGUGUUUUGACUUUUCUCAUGCCCCCCCCAACCCCCCCCCCCUGACCCUUGGUUUUAUUUUCUAUAUGUGUUUUCCAGAAUGUUUGGGCGCAUCCCUUAAAGGACAUGCUGCCCGCCAACAUUGCCAUCGACGACAUCCCGUCCACGGGUCGCCAUAUCAUACUGUUCAACCACUACCUCCAUCUCACUGGACAGCACAUCAGCGUGUAUGAAGAGAAGAUGGUCGUUAUACGAGACGCGCUGAUCAGAGUGUUUGCUCGCAACCCAAACGUCAUCGCCGCCCUUCAGGUGAGUAACGGGAGGUUUGUAGACCACUAGUUGUGUGCCACGUUGAGGUGGCGACUAACUUCGCGGUCAAGAGGUUUACGCACUACUGUCUAUCGGGAGCAACUAAUCUCUUGUUUUAACUUAUGGCUCGUUCUAAACAGUGCAUAACAAAGGACGAUAAUUUUACAGCCUACAAACACAAAACACACUUACAUGGAAUUUGCUACGCGGAUACUCAAAACUGCUGCGCGGCGUCACAAAAUGCUAUGAAAACAGAUUAAUUAUGUUUAAUUGGUAGCGGUAUUAAACACGCCAAGAUGAAAGGGAAUAGGCCACGCCCAAUACGAACGUGGCGUCUGCUAGAUUAGGUUAUACAGAUUUGAUGGCACGGGGAAAUGUGACGUAAACACGUCCUACAUAAUAAUAGUCUUUAGCCCUUUGAUUCCUAUUUUGACACUGCGACGUGAAAGUUACAUGAGAGGGUGGGGUUUCCUCAAUAUAAAAUAUGCUUUUUAUUGAAUAAUUGAAUACUUUCAUAGUUUAGAAAUCAUUUACUGAAGAUAUUCAGGUGAAGAGCCUUUUAUACAGCUAUAAUGGCGUUAUAUACAGGAACUGUUGGCGAUUAAUACCUUAAUUUAAGUAGACGGAGUUGUUUUCUAUAAAAUUUCGAUUCAUUUCUCAGAAGAAAAGCCAAAGCCACAAGAAAUGAAUCCAGUGCUUUCGUUUUAAGGGAAUUGAACUUAAGAGAUUUUUGGACAUGGUGUUUGACUCAAAAAGGAGAACCAGAAAAUAAGUUCCCAAGAAAUCCAUAUGGAAAUUGGAAGACUAUUAAAAAAAUUUGUUUUGUUUUUUGUUUUUCGAACAAUAAAACAAAAACAGGUCCUUUUAUUUUUCCAACAAAAAAAAUAAACACAAAAAAAAAAAAAAAAAAAAAAAAAAAAAAAAAAACAAAAAAAAAAAAAAAAAAAAAAAAAAAAAAAAAAAAUAAAAAAAAAAAUUUUGUUUUUUUUUUUUUUUACAAAAAAAAAAAAAAAAAAAGUCUUUUUUUUUUUCCAAAAAAAAAAAAAAAAACAAAAAAAAAAAAAAAAAAAAAAAAAAAAAACCCAGGUCCUUUCGUUUUCAAACAUUGUAAACGCUCCAAGCACAUUGCCAAAUUAAAACGUAUGGAUCAUUACGUUUUUCGAAUGAAAUAAAUUGAGAGAAUUAACAGUUGAAGUGUGUAGUCGUUGUCCACACACAGCACUGACCACAAAUAACGCUCUUAUGUGAUUCUGGUCUUGUUUGUAGUCAUGAAACCAUCAAUCUUUUUUUUUUCCAUGAAACUUUUCGAAUAAGCGCACUUGCAAAUUUUUUUAAAAAGUAACAUAUAAAAAAAUGGUUUUAAUUUUUAUUUCACGCAACUUUAAGUGUCCUAAAGAUACUACUUUACUUCUCAAAGAUAAGAUCACGUGACUCGAAACAAGUGGAUGGACUUAGUUUUAUAAAAUUAUGAUUUUUAUUUAUUUAUUGAGGCAUUUUUGUAUAGCGCUUACCUUACAGCUCUAGGCGCUUUACAAUUAUUAAAAAUAUGUAAACUAUUUAAACUGCUAAAGUAAACUAACAAUGAAAAACGAGAGACACUAGAAUAGUAACUACAAUGUGAAAGAAACAGUAGCUUAAACAUUAAAAUGGCUAUAAAAACGAGUACAUUUUGGCACGUUUUGGCCUAUACUACAGGAUCAACCCGAGACAGAAAAUGAGGCAGGGCAAGGAGGGUGCAUCACAGGUCAUAGGCGGACCUAAACAGAUGGGUUUUAAGGGACUUUUUGAAAGUGGACGAGGUUUCACAAUGACGGAUGUGGAAGGGGAGCUGGUUCCAGAACGUGGGCGCAUGGAAGUAGUUCCUCGCAAGUGGCUACCAGAAUCAAAACCAAGAACCCUAACUGAGGGUUCUAUUGUCAAUGGAAGAGCGUAGUUGUCUUGUGGGGAUGUAAGGAAGCAACAGUUCAGAGAGAUAGACAGGAAAGUGAGGGUCAGUGAACGGGUUAUCCGUAUUAAUAUUAUGUACCAUUUCUCUCCUAAUUUUAGGCGCCUCACAUUGUGAGGAAAGGUUACGGUUACAGGAUGGGGGACAUGCUCAGCCGGAUGUACGUGAAAAUCCAAAUGGAAGUGUUCAAAGACCUGCGGGACAAGCUUGUUUACUUCCCUUUAUUAGACCUCACCACUGCGUGUCAAAAUGAGGAGACGCACCCGACACAAGGAGUCAGCAAAUAUUUAACAAAGUACUUGCUGGGGACUGUGUGUGACAGGGUUCCGGUGUAAUGGCAAGGUCCACAGUUCAUUAGGAAAAUUAUUUAAUAUUUAAUGAAAUGGAAGAAUAAAAAAAAAGCCGAGAUUGAAAAGUCAAUAUUUAAUGUGACGUAAGAAUCAAUGUUACGUGAGAUGCAAGAAUCAGUAUUACAUGAAAUGGUAGAAUCAUUUUUACAUGACACGGAAGAAUCAUUAUUACAUGAGAUAAAAGAUUCAUUGUUACAUGAGAUGGAAGAAGCAAUAUUACAUGAGAUGGAGGAAUCAAUAUUACAUGAGACGAAAGAAUCACUAUUAUAUGAGAUAGAAGAAUCAAUAUUACAUAAGAUGGAAGAAUCGUUAUUACAUGCGAUGCAAGAAUCUAUAUUAAAUAAGAUGGAAGAUUCAAUAUUACAUGAGAUGGAAGAAUCAAUGUCACAUGAGAUGGAAGAAUCAUUAUUACAUGAAAUAAAAGAAUCAAUAUUACAUGAGAUUGAAGAAUCAUUAUUACAUGAGAUGGAAGAAUAACUAUUACAUGAGACGAAAGAAUCAUUAUUACAUGAGAUGGAAGAAUCAAUAUUACAUGAGACGGAAGAAUCAAUAUUACAUGAGACGGAAGAAUCGUAAUUCCAUGCGAUGCAAGAAUCAAUAUUAAAUAAGAUGGAAAAAUCAAUAUUAAGUGAGAAAAUGAAGAUUGCAUUAAAGAAAAAAGCUAUCUGCAGUUUAAACAACUAGAGUGAAGUCAAGUCCUGUUUGUUGUCUUUCCAUUUCUUAUGAAGCUCACUCUUAGCUUUUUUGAUAUUCUGUUUUUUUCCUCCUAAAAACGGGUCACUUAUUUCUUAAUUUUAUGAAAGGGUGAUUAAGAUCCAUUCUCCAUUGUUGUAUAUUGCAGGUAAUCAUUGUUAUAUAUUGCAACAUGUCAGGUUCAUUUUGAGUUCCCUCGUCUAUAUUUCAUUAAACAAUAUCAAAACAUCGAUGCGUUGUAGAUUUAUUUUGAGGAACUGGGUAAGCCA